AUGUCCAUUUUCCCUGUUGUUCAAACCGUGGAAAACCACAAUUCCCAAUGCAUGCUAUCUGUUUACGAUUUGGGCGAUCCGUAUAGGGCUCUGCGAGGAAUAUUCCUCUUCCUAGUAGUGGUCAACUAUCUGACCCCUUUGAGUGUUAUUUCUGUCCUUUAUACUAUUACCGCACGGAGGUUAUGGUUCCAUGUUGCACCUGGAGGGGAACAUUUUGCAGGAAACCGAGAGCAACUUGAAACCUCAAAGAGGAGAGUAGUUAAGAUGCUCAUCGUUGUUACCUGUGCCUUUGCCCUUUGCUGGCUCCCAGCACAGGUGGUCCACGUGAUAAUUGUCAUGCAAGCAUGGAAUGUUGAGGUAACUCUUCAGCCGAAUGUGAUGUUUUUGUGUUUUUGGUUCGGUCACGCCAACAGCGCCAUCAACGCAUGGCUGUACAUUUCCCUGAGAAUCAAGAUCAGUACAGCAUUUACAAGGAUCGCCAAUAGAAAGAGCAGCCGAUCGCCCCCGAGUCUCAGUGUCAAAACAUCGAAUGCCUUUUUACCACCAGAAGAAGAGGCUGUCCAGGAUGAAUCAAAACUGUAA